CACCUCACACUGCAACGGACUCCAGCAUGCCUCGGUUAUAUAACGUAUUUGCGUUGUUCUGCUGUAGUAGUAGUAGUUAGCACGCCGAAGUAGAUGCUAGUUAGCUGCUAGCUUAACGAGCUAGCUAAGUAGCAACAGUUUAUUAAGAACAGAGCGUCUGUUUCUCAAAAAAAGUUUGCCACCCAUGGCCUCCUUUGCUCCAAACAACUUCUCCUGGGUGGAACCAGGCAAACUAGCCGGACUGGCGUUGCCCAGGAUGACGUGUGAAUACCAGUAUCUGCUGGACAACAGCAUCAAACACCUGGUCUGCCUGUGUGAGAGGAAACCGCCUUAUUAUGACUCAUGUCCAGACUUACAGCUUCACCACAUCAAGAUCGCAGACUUCACUGCUCCUUCACCGAGUCAGAUCGAUAGAUUCCUCUCCAUCGUGGAAGAAGCCAACUCUAAGGGGGAGGGUGUGGGAGUUCACUGCAUGCACGGCCACGGCAGAACGGGGACCAUGCUGGCCUGCUACCUGGUGAAGACGAGGAAGAUUUCUGGACAAGAUGCCAUCCGCGAGAUCCGCCGACUGAGGCCAGGUUCGAUUGAAACCGAUGGGCAAGAGAAAGCAGUGGUGCAGUUUUACCAGCGCACUAAGUAGCUUUAACAGAACAAAUAUAGCAACAUAAAGCUCUUAUUUUACAGUGAAUAAGCAUAAAAUGAAGCCAACUACUCCUAAAUUAAGGCUUUAUUAUAUGGAAAACAUGAAAAAUAAUGUGUAAACAGUUGAUAAAUCCAAAGAGUGAUUGAUACAGACAAUAGUACUCAGCUUAAAUGUAGAAAUUACUCCAACAUUUCUAGUGCAAAUGCGUUCUACUUUUUAACAUGUUGCUGUACACCGUCGCUCUGCUCGCAGAUUAUUACAUUGCUUUAUUUAGACGUUUUUCUGAUUUGAUUAAAAGGCUUUAAGCUGCUUUUAUGCACUGGACGCCAGAGAAAAGAGAUGCUGACGUUCCUUGAAGGUGAGCUUCUCAGGAGCCGACACUCUCCUCAUUUUCUCCUCCUGAUUACUGCAAAAACACAAAAUAAACACAAAAUAAGCACAAAUACUUAAAUUCUCAUGGGGGACGCAAACAGUCUUGAAAUAUAUUUAAUGCACAUGUCAUCUGAAGACUUCUUUUACUCAGGGAGAUUCUUUUUAAGAGUUAAGUUGCUUUCUUGCUGUGCACAAUUGUUCGUGGACAUUUCUGAAAAAAUGCUGCAUCAAUAGCUGUGCGUUAAAUUAAAUAAAAUUUUAACUUCUUGUGCCAAAAA